UGAAGCAACUUAUGUACUGUAACUCCUUUCUCUUUCAGUUUGAUGGAAAAACCCAAACAUCAAAUUUUUCUAAUAACAAAACACACGUUUGACCAAAAUAAAAUUCAACAAACAUAGCAAUUUCUUCUUUUCUGUUUCAACUUUCCAAAAAAGGUGUCACUUUAUGUAUUCAAAUUGGCAACAGACACCUCCCUUUUGAAAUUCCUCAACAAACCAAAGUCUUGGUCAGUGAGGAAAGAUAAAAAGUCUGAUAGGAAAGUGAGAUAGAGAAGUACACUGUUUGCUUCUGGUCAUCUUGUGACACAAAGUUCUGCCUGUGGAGACGACACAACAAUGACUGAAUUUGACAAGGAAGACUUCAGUUCCAUUUAUGAAGAACUCAACUUUACCUACAACUACACACAGUUCAUCCUGGACCAGGACACCAUACCCUGCAAUUCUUUUACCUUUCCUGAUGCUGUCUUGAUCACUGUUUGCGUGUUCUACGUCCUCAUCUUUUUGCUGGCGAUUCCUGGAAACCUGGUGGUGGGGGUGGUCAUUGGCAUCAACAAGCAGACGAUGCCUCCCUCUGAUCUCUACCUCCUCAACCUGGCGGUUGCAGACAUCUUCCUGGCCCUCACGCUGCCGUUCUGGGCCACCUCUCUCACAGUGGGCUGGGUGUUUGGGGACGCCCUGUGCAAGAUCGUCACCGUCCUGCAGGAGCUGAGCUUUUACUCCAGCAUCCUCUUUCUGACGUGCAUCAGCGUGGACCGUUACUUGGUGAUCGUGCGAGCCUUGGAGGUCCGCAAGGCCAACCGUCAGAUUGUCAGCUGGGGGGUUUGCGCCGCUGUCUGGACCGUUGGGGCUCUUCUGUCUCUGCCAGGGUUGCUCAGCUCGUUGUCACCCUCGAAAAAUGGCACUCAGAUGGAGUGUACCGAGCAUUACGAUCCCCAGAGCGCAGAUGAAUGGCGGCUGGCCACCAGAGUUCUGCGCCACACUUUGGGGUUCCUUCUCCCACUGGCCAUCAUGAUGUCCUGUUAUGGAAUUACCAUCCACCGCCUCUUCCACAUCCGCGGGGAGUUUCAGCGUCAGCGGGCCAUGAGAGUGAUCAUAUUCAUUGUCGCCGCUUUCCUGCUUUGCUGGACGCCGCACCACGUCACGGUGAUGACCGACACGUUUUUCAGGGCAAAGAUUGUUCCCUACACGUGCCCGGAGAGGAGGGCAGUGGACCAGGCCAUGUUCGGCACUCAGAGUCUGGGACUGCUUCACAGCUGCAUCAACCCUGUGCUGUACGCAUUUGUGGGCAAGAAAUUCCGUAAGAGGCUGGUGCAGGUGAUGAGGAAGAUGGGCCUUAUGGAGAGAGGAACAGCCAACAGAAACAUCAGGUCUUCCCUGUCAUCAGAAAUCACAUCUACAGUCAUGUAAAGUUUUCUUUACCACAAGAAUAUCUUAAAAACACAAUGUCAGUGGAGUGAGUCUUUGUUAAAUGGUAAAACAUGUUACUCCUGUCCUUGUGCUGGGCAACAUGGAAAAAAUGUAGAUUAUGAUAUAAAUUGUUUUAUAUCACAAUAAUAAUCUAUUAUACAAUACCAAUAUUAAGUAUAUUUUCAGCUAUUCGCUGAAAAAAAAUGACAAAAACUUACUUUUCUCUGACUUUAUUUUUUUCAAGUAACAUGUAAUUAAAUCAGUACAAAUGAGAACCAUUUUUUGAAAGUGCACAUUUUCAAGCUUCUUAGAAGGAAAACACAUUUUUGCACAAAAGUUUAGCAAUAAAAAUAAACAAAUAAAAAUGAUAGAAAAUAAAUGGCACAAUAGAGAUUUGUCUAUCAUCCACACAAUAUGUAAUUUCAUAUUGCCCAGCACUAUCCUGUCAUGGUUCUUGUUAAAUAUUUUAAGCUGUGUCUCAAACUUUUUGUAAAUAUUUUUUAAUCUUAUUUUUGCCUGAUGGAAUAUUAUUCUAUAUUUGUGAGCUAAACUAUUUGUACAUUUUCAGUGUUAACAUUUUUGAAAAUCUAUGGUCUUCUCAUUUUGUAAAUACCAAACAUCUCAGAGUCACUUGACUGAAAAUAAAUAUUGUUUUUCUUUCAAAAAGUUUUUUGUCUUUCAGGUUAUUAGAGGAAACAAAAUGGAGAAGUUGUAAUCACUUGAAAACCCAAAUGUCAUAAAUUUUAGGUCAAAAAGGCAACAUUUCCCCUUGUUAUGAAGCAAGCCAGUCGUGUUUAGAAAUGUUGAACAACUCGUUGAACUUUUCUUUUCGUCUCAAUGUUUCUCACCACAAGAUAUAAUAGAAAAUUGUUCUGAUAAUGCUAGGGUAGUUCAUUUUCACCAAUGCAAUAAAUGGAUAAGAUAAGUCCAGAUUAUCAAUCUUUUUUUAAUUUUUUUUUAAUUUUAAUGUUUGUUACCAUCAUUCCACUCAGCUGCAGCUCUUCG